CAGCUAAGAGCAUAUUGGCGGACGUUCAAAUGCUUAGAAACAGACAAAUCGCACAUUACUAUCCUAAAAAUAUAAAAAAAUUCAGCAGGCUGUGUACUUACACACGUACACCCACGCACACACGUAUACUGCAUAUACGGCGCGAAAUCGAUGAUAAUAUUGAGUCAUAUUGUGUAAUAUAUACUGCUCGACGAUACAUACACACAUAUACAGAUACACACACACGUAUAUAGAUAUACACUCACAUAUAUUACAUACAUUCAUACUUCAUAUAAAAGGCAGAAUACGCAAAAGUGGAACAUCUUUAAUCAUUAGUCUGCUCACUCAGGACUGACCUUGAUCUACAGCGGCCUAGUGUGUGAUUUGGAACAGCCCUCAGCAGUCUACCUUCUACAUAUUUUUACCCACUCCCCUCCUCCUCUUCUAGAAGUAUCCACCUUGUGUCGCCUGCACCUUCUGCAUCACUUCCAGGAUGUGUCAAAGAUUACAUUCAUAGACUCAAGUCUGUUGACAAGGAAGCGGCACAACAAGGGACACAACUCUACGUUCUUAGCCAACUCUUACACAAUUUUUCCCUUCAAUGACAUAAACACGUAAACGGGCAUCUGCCGAAACUUCGAUGCUUUGUGCUUUCCCACGGAAAGCAAGACUCAAAUCAACUUAAUCUCUCACCUGUACAACAACUGUACUAAAAUAUGGCCCAUAAAGGCCAGACCAGUUCUUUCGAAGUAAAUGUCUGCUAUCAAGAAAGAACGAGCAGUUUACUGGCCUCCAAUAAUAUGACCGUUGGAAGCUUCCUACCGAUUGCAGUUAAUUUUUUCUUGCACGAAAAGGGAUCCAUCGAAAGAUACAAGAUUAUUUACGCUGGUUCUGUCUUAAAGAACGAAGUAUUAUUAAAGGAUUUACAUCUUUGCUCUGCAAGUGUUUUGCACAUGGUGAAUACUGAAAAAAAAAACCAGUUGAGCUCACAAAACCAGAGUAAAGAGGUGCAGUAUUCACAGUACAGCUAUUAUGUCUACUGCUACGAAUGCAAAGACAUUGCAUCAGCCCAGCUGAGAAUCAAAUGCUUGCAGUGUAACCAGUGCCAAAGAUUCCUCAUUGACAAAGAACAUGAACCCAAAUGCCGGGAAGAUAUACUCUCUUGUGAUAAAAGUAUAUCAGGUGUCUGUAAUUAUCCUGGAUGUACAGGAAGAAAGGCAAAAUAUGAAUUUUACUGCCGUAAACAUCCAAAGAAAAAUUCAGUUUUAUUGAAACACAUCUUUAAUAAUUCUCAACAUUAUUCCUGCAUAACCUGCGAAGGAGACUUGUAAGUUGGUUCAUUCUCUAAUUUUGUUGUCUU